AUGUCGGACACGAUCAAGGAAUUCGUCGAUAUCCCGCAGAACUUCUUCCGCGAAGGGACGCACUUUGUCAACCGAUGCACCAAGCCUAACCGCAAAGAAUACAUUCAGAUCUGCAGAGCGGUAGGCCUCGGAUUCGUCGUCAUGGGGUUCAUUGGGUACUUUGUCAAGCUCAUUCACAUUCCAAUCCACUCGAUCCUUGUGUAA